CGUCUUGCCUCCAUUUUGCUGUGGUGUGUGCGUGCUUGCGCAGUGUAGGUGUAAACUGAGGAGAAAACAGAACGGAAAGCGGACGCGCGGUGAAAUAUCUACAGAAAUGGACGGCAUCGGCGAUGUUACAGUUGGAGUGAAGAGAGGAUCAGACGAGCUGAGUAUGUACAACAGUCCCAACUCUGGCAUGAGCAGUAUCAGUGAUGGGGCUUCCAAUGGCAGUGACAGUAAAAAGCUGAGGGUGGAGGAGGCUCCUCCCUCCCGUGUUCUCCACAUCAGGAAGCUGCCCAACGAGGCCUCAGAGACAGAAGUCAUCUCCCUCGGCCUGCCUUUUGGCAAAGUCACCAAUAUCCUCACACUAAAGGGAAAGAACCAAGCAUUCUUAGAGAUGGGGACAGAAGAGGCAGCCAUCACUAUGAUCAACUACUACACCACAGUAACUCCACAUGUCCGCAAUGCCCCCGUCUAUAUUCAGUACUCCAAUCACAAAGAACUGAAAACUGAUGCUGGAAAUCAGCGGACCCAGGCAGUGCUGCAGGCGGUGACAGCUGUCCAGUCUGGUGGGUCACCAAGUUCAGAUGUUCAAGAAGCUCUCGCCGCAGCCUCCAGUCCAGUGCUGCGGAUCAUCAUUGACAACAUGUUCUACCCUGUGACGCUGGAUGUGCUCCAACAGAUUUUCUCCAAGUUUGGUACAGUCAUGAAGAUAAUCACAUUCACCAAGAACAAUCAGUUCCAGGCCCUUCUACAGUUCAGUGACCCUGUUAAUGCACAGCAGGCUAAACUGGCAUUGGAUGGUCAGAAUAUCUACAACUCAUGCUGCACGCUGCGUAUAGACUUUUCCAAGCUGGUGAACCUCAAUGUAAAGUACAACAACGAUAAGAGUCGUGACUACACACGUCCUGAACUUCCUGCUGGUGACGGACAGCCAAGCAUUGAUCCCUCAGUGGCUGUUGCCUUCAGUAAAGAUUCCAACUCCCUCCUCGGUAAGAUCCCAGGAGCCCUGAGCCCUCUGAGCGCAGCGGCAGCGGCUGCUGCAGCUGCAGGGAGGGUGGCCCUCGCUGGACAGACAGGGUCCAGCGGGGUCCUGCUGGUCAGCAACCUCAACGAGGAGAUGGUUACGCCCCAAAGUCUGUUUACCCUCUUCGGGGUCUAUGGUGAUGUCCAGAGGGUAAAGAUUCUUUACAAUAAGAAGGACAGCGCUCUCAUUCAGAUGUCCGAUGCCAACCAGGCCCAGCUCGCAAUGAGUCACUUGAACGGCCAAAAGAUGUAUGGGAAGAUCAUCCGAGUGACGCUCUCCAAGCACCAGACUGUGGCACUGCCCCGUGACGGCCUGGACGACCAGGGUCUCACUAAAGACUACGCCAAUUCGCCACUUCACCGCUUUAAGAAACCCGGAUCCAAAAACUUCCAGAACAUCUUCCCGCCCUCCGCCACUCUCCAUCUCUCCAAUAUCCCACAAGAUGUGACGGAGGAUGACCUGCGACUGCUCUUCUCCAACACUGGAGGCAACGUGAAAGCAUUCAAGUUUUUCCAGGAUCGCAAAAUGGCUUUGAUCCAGAUGUCAACGGUGGAGGAGGCGACCCAGGGUUUGAUCGAACUUCACAACUACAACAUGGGAGGCAACCAGCACCUGAGAGUCUCCUUCUCCAAGUCCACUAUUUAAGAAUGUGAGCCUGAGCCACAAACUCGGUCAGACAUCUUUCAGACUGUGUCUGGACACUGGGCGGGACCAUGUGGAUUUCAUCAGUUGUGUUGAUAACUGUCAUUCCUUCAGAGACACUGAAACCUUUGACCUUUUUUUGUUUGUUUGUUUUGAAGAGAACAGUUGAGUGUAGCCCUGGUCAGACCUGGUCUUAAGAUCUGUUUCAUGUAGUUUAAUCACAAGAGGACAGCUCUUCAGCACAUUCUCUCAGAAUAUGUCUCCAUUGACCACCCGUGGACCCAGUGGAACCUGAUGUUUAGAAAUUGCACACGCGCAGUGCCGUACGUAUAUGUUUUCGUAUCAAUGUGCGUAACUUGUGAAAAGCAAGUCAGUGGUUCUGUGUCCACACUGGGAUUGGGUCGGGUUUGAUCUCAGUGAUCUGAUCAAACACGUGUCUGCGUGUUUUCACACCUGUGUGUAGAGCUGUUCACCUGAGACAGAUGUUAGCAGGUGUGAACAGGCUCCGCCUCCCAGCUUCUCUUAACUGUACCUCUGUAUUUUUAUGUCAAAAUCUUGACACGGUUGAUUGUCCCUCUGUAUAAUAGUUUUGAUGUAGAUGAAUGUUUGAUUCUUGAUUUCAUUGAAAAGAGACAGUACUCAUGUGCCUUACUCGACAUUAUCAACAGUUUAUACAGAUAGUCAUCUUCAUAACUAUCCUCCUAUGCUUUAGAGGCACAUUGGUAUUGAUUUGGUUUUUUGGGGUGAUGAGAAUGCCAGUUUUUUUGUUAUCCUGCAGACGUCAUUAUUAUACUUUCUGAUUUCUCUUUUGUUCCAGACUUUUAGAUUCAUGACCUUUUCUUUUUAGUUAGAACAGAGAGGAAUUUUCCCGAGGCAACGUUUUACAAGUUUUUACAGCAGCCUGUAACUGGCAGUUUAACUUGAACUUCAUUAUUCCACGGGUUUUCAAAGUCUGAGGCUGUGCCCCCCCCCCCCCCCCCCCCCCCCCCCCGCUGACACAGCUGGGAGGGUACAGCCCCUCGUCUUAUGCUACAUCCACACAUUAUUUCAUUUGUUUUAAAAUGCAUCAACAUCUGAUUUGACCUUCUGUCGUCGCUGCCUCUGUUUUAAUUUGAACCCUCUUGUGUUGAGUUGUAGUCUGGACAGAAACAGACCUUUUGAAAACAAAGCCACGGCACACGUGUGGAUGUGAAACUAGUCAAUCUGAUUCGAUUGAUUGUUAGAAAAAUAGAGAUCUGAUCUGUAAAUCCUUAUUAAGCUCAGAAACAAAGACGUCAGGUGACAGCAGUGAACCAGUUUAGUUUUAAAGAAGCAUUUGGAGCAGAUGGUAAAUGCAUCAGCACAAAUGUGUUUUGGUAGAAAGUCACAGUUGUGAUGCAUUUGGACAGAAAGUGUUGGACGUCGUUAGAUCAAGAUUGUGGAUGCAGAUGGUUUUUGUUUUUAAAUACUUUUUAUAAAGAAAACAGUGGCUGUAGCUGUAGUUUUCCAUCAUUUCAUUCACACUACAUAAACAUCUUUUUAGUUUCUGACUCUGAAAACAGUCAUUUUAGUUCAUCUCUUAACAUCACACACACACACACAGGUCAUGAUUGGGAUUUUUUUUUUAAUUGACCAUUUGCUAAGCUCUGCUCUGGGUGGCCCCCCCCCCCCUCCCACUUUGACCCCCUGAAUUAUUCCAUAAACAUGUUACCUGUGGGAUUAUUUUCCACCAUUUUGGCUCAAGAGAAAGUUCUUUUACAGUAGCUCCUGGUGAAGUUGUUGUUUGUGUGUGUUUCUGUUCCACAUGGGUGAGGUGUAACUGUCAGUGACGAUGGUUUUCUACGCAUGUGUCGUGACCUGAGAGAUCUCACAUGAGAAAGUGUUGCAUGCCGUGGCAGCAGAUAGAAGUUCAGUCCACUGUGAUUUCAUUGUCAUGUGACAGAGGGCUACUCAGUCGGACCAAAGUUUCUGUGCCUUUAGUGUUCCUUUAAUUCAUAAAAGAAAAUUGAAAACAAUUAAAUGUUGCAUUUCAGGAUAAUGAAAUCUUUAAUUCCCACUUGUUUUUUAUACACUAAACAUCUCAGAAAUAAUAGUUCUGUAUAUUUUUCCUCUAAGUCUGACUUUUCUACAGCUCAAAAUGUAUGGAUUUGGUAAAGUUCUGAGGGCCAAUUAAAGGCUGAAUUGUUUUCUAACAAAGGAGAGGUGCGACUUGGUGUCCUGCUUUUUGAGUUUCCCCUCUCGUGGUCUCUUGUGUAUACUGCAUUACCUCUGUAGCAUGUCUAAUAAAACUCUUCUGUAGCUCUGCA